AUGAUCUCCGCUUUAAAUGUUACAGAGAAAAGAAAGAAAUACAAAUUUAAAGGAAACUGUAACAUUUGUCACAAAUUUGGACAUAAAGCUGAAAAUUGUUUCAAACGAAAGGCAAAAGAAGAUCAAAACGGAAAAGAUUAUAAAAUUAAUAAUAAUGAUAACGAGUCAAAAGUAAACUGUGUUGAUUAUCAAGCAUUAUUAGCUAAUCAUGAUAAUGAUGGUGAUGAAAAUUGGUUAGUUGAUUCUGGUGCUACUAAUCAUAUGUGUUUUGUUCGUGAUUAUUUUGAAGAUUUUGAACCAAUCGAAGGUAAAUCAGUAACUAUUGCGAAUGAUAAGAAGGUCAUUGGUGAAGGUAAUUUUAUCAUCAAAGAUACAGUAAAGAAUAAAAAUCUUAAAUUAACUGGUGUACUUUUUGUACCUGAAUUGAGACAAAAUUUGGUUUCGGUUGCUAAGGUUAUAAGUAAGAAUCGAAAAUCUUAUCCUGAAUCAUCAACACAAUCAAUUGAUAAACUUGAUAUAAUUCAUUUUGAUGUUUGUGGUCCAAUGAAAUUUGAAUCUCUUGGAAAUUAUUAUUUUGUAUUCCUCGAUGAUCACAACCAUUAUUCUUUUAUUUAUUUCAUGAGAGAAAGGAAAGAAGUUCCUGAAAUAUUGAUCAGAUUUGUUAAUUUCGUUGAAAAUCAAACAAAUAUGAAAGUAAAAAUAAUAAGAAGUGAUGGUGCUCUUGAGAAUACAAGUAAUAAAGACACUGAAUUUCUGAGUUCAAAGGGUAUUAAGCAUGAAAUAUCUUGUCCUUAUACACCGGAGCAAAAUACUAAAGCUGAACGAUUAAAUCGAACCAUACAAGAAAUUGUUCGAUGUUUGUUAUAUGAAUCUAAGUUGGAUCAAAAGUUUUGGGCCGAAGCGGCUAAUGCCGCUAAUUAUGUUCUUUAUUUAAGACCUUGCUCAUGUAUCGAUCACAAUUAUAAGUACGAUUACUGGAAGAAAAUUAGAUUAUAA